ACCAUUUGACCAACUUGAUUCCUUGGACGUCCAUAAAUAAACACGCUCGGUUCAAAUCUUUUUCCCGUGAUGGAACUUCUUGUCAUGAUGAAUAAAACUCGCAAAAAAUAAUGAUAAAACAUCAGUCAACUUCACUCUAGUCGAACGUCGGCUGGUUUUGUUCUUCUACAACUUUUUGCCACCUGUAAAAUCGGUUUCAUCUUCUCAAAACCAUCAAAUCAUUAUUAUUGUCGCGACAAGCAUCCUUACGCAAGUACAAAUUUUCAUUUUGAUGUAGCUUCGGCCGCUUCUGUGCGACAACAGAAAUAACCGAAACAGACUCAAGAACAAGGAAAUUUCGUAAAGUCAAAUUUUGACAGCCUAUAUAAAACUGCUGCAUUUUUCAAACAAAUAAAUCAACUACAAGAUCUUCAAGAUGGCUUCGCGUCGCUCUUGGCUCUCGAAGAUCGGUGCAGUGCUGGCUUUGCAGCAGCUAGCGCAAAUCGCAGUCGUCAUGCCCACUGGUGUAGCCGGACGCCUUGCCAUGGAAUCUCGUCCGGGCCGCGGCGGUGCAGCUCCUGCGUUUGGACGGAAGGGGAAAGGGAAGGGAAAAGGUGGGAAAAACAACGGGAAAGGGAAAAACGAAGCGAAAUGGACGUGGAAACCUAAAGCAGAACAACCAGUGCUCCUGCCGAUCCCGGCGGCGCGUGGUGGUCACCAGACGGGACACCUUCUGGCCGCAAGGGGGACUGGACAGCGCCGUCCUCGUGCGCAGCGCGGGCACACGACCGUCUUUGCUAAGAAAGAUUUUGAGAGCUUGACCCCGGAGGGCCAGGAUUCCCUGAUGCGCCGCGUUCACACGCUGGUUCUGGCGACCACAAAAGACGCCGUCAAGCGGGCGAAGAGCUUUUUUGAUCCCGCGAAUGCGAAUUACUACAGGAAGAACGCGGAGUAUACCAGUGCUAAACCCUCUGAAAAACUGCGGUUUCACAUUGCCGAAGAGAUCGUUGGGAGGAAUGAGAUCGGCGAUUUGAAAUUUUCUGGCGCCCUGGUGAACGUCGUUCCAAUACGCAUUUUUGCAGAAAUAGUAUGUGUCGCGCUAGUAUGUACUAUUGCGAAAUCGGCACAAACAAUGGCAGCAGUAGAGUACAUGUACAUCACUACACUUUGUUGAGCAAGUCACAAAUAAGCGAG